UAGCGGCAGAAGUUCUGGUUCAUCAGAUUGAAAUAAGAGAGAGCAGGGAAAAGGGAAAGAUCAAAGGAUGUCUGGCAGAGGAAAGGGAGGGAAGGGGUUGGGAAAGGGAGGUGCCAAGAGGCACAGGAAGGUGCUCCGAGAUAACAUCCAGGGCAUCACCAAACCUGCUAUACGACGGCUGGCCAGGCGUGGCGGAGUGAAGCGUAUCAGCGGUCUUAUUUACGAGGAGACUAGAGGCGUCCUGAAGAUCUUCCUGGAGAACGUCAUUCGUGAUGCAGUUACCUACACCGAGCACGCUCGCCGCAAGACUGUUACUGCUAUGGAUGUCGUGUAUGCAUUGAAGAGGCAGGGCAGGACUCUCUACGGUUUCGGUGGUUAGAGAUUUGGGGAUAGGGUUAGGGUAGAUUUUAGCUUGUACUAGUUGAGAAUGGUGUUAAGUUUUAAUGGAAAUUUCUCAUUACGUCUCUA